CCAGAGGACACCACCAUGCACUCCGUGGGACUCAGAGCCAGCUCGGGGGUUCCUCAUCCCGCCCCAAGGCAGCGCAGGGCCGAAUCCUGCCCCGUGACUCACAGCCUGGUUAAUCAUUUACCUCCUCCACCUGCAGCCUCAGCCAGUGUCACUCCUGCUGCUCCUGUGGCUGAGGGGACCGUGGCUCACUGUCUGCCCACAGCUGGAUCUGAGGAGGACUCCGGCCAGAGUUGUGGGGCUCCCAGCCCACAGCCCCCCGUGAGCAGCACCCAGGGCAGUAGUGAGACACAGGGCCCUCAGGCCAGGCUGGAGGGCGCCCGGGUUAGCAUGACCGAGGUGGAGCCGGUGCUGGAUUUCGCAUCCUCAGGGAGGACUGGACGCCGCAAUGCCCUACCUGACAUCCUGGGCUCACCGGCAGGCGUCAGCCCCUCUGACCUGCCCCUCAAACUGGCCGAGAUGUCCCUGAGUGCAGGCAGCUCCCAGGAGAUGCAGUCACCUUCUGCAGAAGUUCCCCCACCGCAGCCCCAAAGCCCGGAGCUGAAGGACACGUCCUAACCCUGCUGGGGGACUGAGCAGUGGGGUGAGGACGCUGCGGAGCAUCCGCAUCGCUGCCCUUGUGCCAUGCAGCGAGAGCAUCGCCUGCAGGAGAGGAGCCACGUGGGGACCUGUGGGGACAAAGGGACACUUCACUCCCACGCAGGGCAAGGAUGGGGACGUUCAUCCCACAGGAGGACACUUUUCUUCCAGAAGCGAGCGGCCAGGGGGGGCCUAUGCCAUGAGCAGCCCAGGGGGUCUGAGUGUUGUUCACUGUGAUGUUUUGGGUACCA